AUGUCUUGGAGAAGCAUAGCAGAACAUGAAAUACUUCUCAAUUUACAAGUUCAUAACUUUUUCCUCUUCCCUACAGAGGCUGCUACUGACCCCCCUAAGACACCUGACAGCGAACCUUUGUUUACAAAACUGCGCAAUCCAAGCACAGGGGAAGCAACCCUUUACUUAUUCAAUAGUGGUGCACAGCAGCUGUUUGAAGUAAAAGCUUUUCAUGAGGAAUAUCAUUCCUGGUUUAUAGGUCAGACUGUUCAACAAGAUGGGCGCCUGCUGUUUGUUACACCAAUGGACCCCUUGUUUCUGAUACUUUACUACCUCAUAAAGGCAGACAAGGAGCAACAAGGAAAGUUCCAGCCACUUGAUCAAGUUGUUCUAGACUCAGACUACCCUAGCUGCCCAUUGCUGCUGAAGUGUGCAGAUGUUAAACAGUGCAUACAUCAUGUUGCAGAAGAAAAAG